AUGGCCGAACAAAUGAUUCAAGAAUUAUAUGAAAUUCAAAUGAAAGCUUCAUAUCUCAGUCAACAGAUAAAAAAUACGCUUUCAAACAAUCCAAGACCUCCAUGCGGCAUGGAACAUAAACAAGGGCAAAGUUGUGUUCCGGUUUCCAAUCAAACUGUUGUUACAAAUUAUCUAGCGAGUAAUCAAGCGAAAAAUUCUUGUGGAUGUGCUAACAAAUCUGUGCAACCGUCAUUUGCAAAGUCAACGUUACAACCUCAGUCUACAAAUUUAUUUAGUCAAAAUCAAAUGAACUCGUACGAUCAACAGUACGGUCAGCAACAGAACGCAUGUCUUGCACAAUCAAAAUUUUCUCAACAAAGACAAUGUCCUCAAAUAAACCAAACCCCGCAACCAUGUUCUUGUUCUUUACAAACAAGUUCCUGCCCUCCACCAUGCUCGUCACGUUCUCCCAGUCAAUUUCAGCAAGAACCAACAGCUUUUCGGCAACUUGACACAGUGACUUCAAUACCAUUUUCACAACAACCACAAGAUAAUUUACAGUCAUCGGAAGAUUCUCAAGACUGUCGAGAAAGAUUUCACUCAGUUAUCUUUGAAUUGCUGGAGAGCUUCGAAACAGUUAUAAUCUUUGUCAAGAAAGUUUUCAUUGCAAUGGAGUAUAUAAGUGGUUAUUUUGUCGUCCAAACUCAAAAAGACUGCUGUCUGUCGAUUUAUAAACUUCCACCCUGUGUUUAUAUAGCAGGACAAAGUUACAUUAAAAUUUGGACUUGCCCAUAUGCUAACAAUCCUAACAAAUUGCCAAGUGACUUAGUCUUUAAAGAACUAACCAGAUGGAAAGUUGGAGAUGAUGUUUUGACAACUCUCUAUAGAUGUGAUGGAAAGCCUGUGUCCUGCUUAAGAGGUUCCUCGUUGUAA